UAGUCAACCCAAGCCAGGUGGUUACUGGCAGGUCGAAAUGACGACGACGCCUCGCCGGCUCCUCCGCGCACGCGCCGAGGCGGCGGUGGCGUCCGUGGUAACCGUCCUCCCCCACGAGAUCCCUCCUUUGCUCAGCGCCGCCGCCACCUUCUUCUUCAUCCUGAGCGCCUACUUCGUGGUGCUGCCGCUGCGUGACGAGGGCGCCAUCUCCUUGGGCCUCGACACCCUCCCGGGCCUUUUCGCCGGCUCCCUACUCCUCACCGUCCUCGCCGCCCCAGUCGCCUCCCUCGCCUUCUCCCUCCCGUCCAUCCCCAAGCCCAGGGCUCUGAUUUUGAUACAUAGGUUCUUCAGCAUCUCUCUUCUUGCAUUCUUUGGGCUUUGGUUUGCUUCUAGCCCCAGGCAAUCUCAAUCUGUCUCCCAGUCUAGUGAAGAUGGUUCAAGUAAGUAUUCCGGGUGGGAAAACCACAGCUGGUUCUACAUAGUAGUGAGAAUAAGCUUGUUUCUUUGGGUUUCUUUACUUAAUCUCAUUACAAUAUCGUCAACUUGGGCAAGGGUAAUUGAUGUCAUGGACAGUGAGUCAGGCUCAAGAUUGUUUGGUUUUAUUGGGGCUGGUGCUACGCUAGGGCAACUUUUUGGUUCAUUGUUUGCUGCAAGCAUGGCAUGGCUGGGACCCUUUAUGCUCCUUUUUUCGUCCCUCUUGAUGGAACUCGCUGCUGUAUCAUCUAAAGGAAUUUGCAUUGAUGAUAUUCAGGGUUCAACUGAACUGUCUCCAACAGGGGCAGAAAAAAUUCAAAAUACAGAGGCUGAUGAUGAAAUGUCUUCACUGGUCACUUCACCAAGAUCACCUUUGCAAUCUCGAAAGACCAGUCCUGAGAUUUUUGUAAUGUUCGAAGGUUUCUGGCUAAUCUUGCGCUCGCCCUACCUGAUAUACAUAUCUCUAUUUCUAUGGCUAAGUGCAGUUGUCUCAUCCUUCUUUUACUUUCAGAAAGUAACAAUAAUAGCUACUACAAUAUCAAGUCCAGCUGCCAGAAGGAGAACAUUUGCACUGAUAAACAGCUUUAUAGCAGUUUUUAUUCUUGUGGGACAGCUCACUUUGACGGGCCAUAUCCUUACUGUUGCUGGUGUAAUCGUCGCUAUCUGUGCAUAUCCACAUGUUGCAGCCUCAAAUAUGGUUGCCCUUGCUGUAUGGCCAACUUGGACUGCUGUGGCUAUAACCGAAACAAUUCGAAAGGUAGUCAUUUAUGUUUUUACAAGGCCUGGAAGGGAGUUAUUGUUUACAGUUGUCUCACUGGAUGAAAAGUACAAAGCCAAGGUUUGUAUAGAUGUUAUUGUCCAAAGGCUAGGUGAUGCUACAGCUGCUGGAAUUUAUAGUUUGCUGUUCAGCAGACUUGAGAAGAAAGCAACCAUGGUUACCCUGUAUGCAUUGCCGCUCUGCUUCCUGUGGCUUCUCAUUGCAUUUCAUUUGGGGCGGCUCCAGACAAAUCUUGCCAGACCUAAGGCGGCUCCUGUGGCAUCCUAAUUCCUGCAGGGUUAAAAAUUGAUACCCCUAUAUAUUUCCGCAUUAUCACCUAAGGCGGCUCCUCCAGUUGCUCCUGCUGUUUUCUUCUCUAGGUUUUGAGUCUACAGAUAGCUGCUGGAGGUACUGACACGAGAUGGUCAGUGCUUUCAGCAUGUAGAAACUAGAAAGUAUGGUUGCCAAAGGACAUGCCCCUGUGGAUAUUGAACUGCUCGUUUCAAAGAAUGGCAGGUUCAUGGAGGAGCUUGUGAGUCUGGAGUUUUCCUUUUGGGAUGAAUUGGACUAUUACAGAGAAUGUUUAACAUAUACAAGUGUGGAAGAGAAGUACAAGAUACAGAAAGAGGAACGUUAGGAGUUAGGACUACACACAGUAGUAGAAUAAUUUGUGGUCUUUGUACCGUCUUAUGUACCCACGUGGCAAGUGAUGCAAACUGCAAGGUAUGUACGCUAAUGUUAAUGAAUGCAGAAAGAAUAGUCUCGGUAAGACAUGCAAUUGACGAUUCUGAA